AUGGCUAGCACCGCACCCGAGAAUGCCGAGCAGGCCCCCACUGUGCCGAACACACAGGAAGCUCCCACCGAGACAGCAGCUGCCCCGGCCGACGCCGCUACCGUCCCCGAAGCGGUCGCACCAGGCCCCGAGCCCAAGGCCAUCACCCGCAAAGACAUGUCCUUACGCGAGUUCUUGACGAAAAUGGACGACUAUGCUCCAAUUAUUCCCGAUGCAGUCACAAACUACUACAUGACCAAGGCUGGCCUCCCCCCACCGCCGCAGACCGAUCCCCGCCUCGCGCGCCUGCUCGCCCUCGCCACGCAAAAGUUCAUCGCCGACAUCUCUGCCGACGCUUACCAGUACAGCCGCAUCCGUGCCUCCAACUCUAACGCCAACAACCCCAUGGGCAACCUAGGCGCUGCGGCGGGCUUCCCCAUCCCCGGGCAGCCCACGGGCCCAGCUGGCGCAAAGGACCAGGGCCGUGGUGGGCCCCUCGGUAUCCAGAGGCCAGGCUACGGUGGCGGUGGACAGGGCGGCAGCCAGAACAGGACCGUCCUUACUAUGGAGGAUCUCGGUAUGGCUGUCGGCGAGUACGGCGUCAACGUGAAGAGGAGCGAGUUCUACCGAUAA